AUGGCCCGGCGGCUGCUGCUUUUCCUGGGCCUCGGGCUGCAGGCGCCCCUGCUGCAAGCCCAGACCAACGAGGAUGUGGCCUUCAUGCAAGGCAGCCCGCUGGGCUGCUUUGUCAGAGGUUUUAAAUUUGACCGGUAUAUUCCGAACAAGAACAUCAACACAACCAGUCUGAAGCUAUGCCAAGAGCAUUGUCAAUAUGUUGAUGGGUGCGUCAAGUUCUCCUACAGGGCUUUCUGGGGAGAAUGCUGGUUCGCUGACAUCAACGCAGUCGAAGUUCCCGUGGACAGCCCCUACUUGAUCGUAGGCUACAGAACCUGCGAUGCAGAAGGAAUGCACCUGCCUGCAAGGUGCAGCACCGAGACGCCAGGGAAUGGUUUCCCCGGUCAAUCUGCCGAAGCCUCCAACAGCGCAUGGCCAGGUGGCAAGCAGCCCUAUGGCCUGGAGUGCUGGCCAAAGAGUUGGGACGGGGCGCCCCUUCCUUGCACUCAGGUCGACGUGCUCGACGACACGAAGAACGGGUGGCCGGGGAAAUGUGUCGGCCUUGUAGAGAUGAAAGAGAUCAACGGAUCCAAGUGCGGCGAGAACUGCCGCCAGCAUCCUGAGUGCCAAUCGUGGCAGAAGACGGUUUACAACAGCUGUUGGCAGGGGCUUGGCAAGGACUGCUUCGUCCGUGGCAACUUCAUGCCGAAGGAAGCUCAACGGCUUCAGCAUGGAUCUGUACGAGUGCUGAAGGACCUGACGGGGUAUCAGAUAGUUGGUUUGUGGAAAGGCUUCGACAAUGACGAAGGAUUCUUUCAGAAUGUGCAGGAUGCGAUAUCCUUUUGCAAGCACAUGUGCUACUCGGACUUCAGAUGUCAAUACUGGACUUAUGCUCCGAAUUAUGGCUGCUGGAUUGAGGAUGCGUCGCAGGAGUAUGGGCCACCUUUCCCACUAACACUGGAUGCCGCCCGCCGGGACACAAUGUUUGCCCAAGACUGUGUGGCCGGUGAGUAUAUCCAGCACUUUUGCCCAGAAGGCUCCGUGAGCCGCAAGGAGCCGGCAGCUCCGGUGACCCUGUCGAACUGUGCGGAACGUGGCUUCCGAUACGAGCCACCCGACAUGUUCCUCAGCUUCAGGACUGCAGAGGCCAACUACGAGGCGUGUCGCCAGAGGUGCAAACUGACGGUCUAUUGCAACUUCUUCGCGUACUGGCCUGAUGGCGGCUGUCACAUUUCUGGUGGUGAUGCUCAUAGGGUGCCAGCAGAGAACUACGAAGUCAUUUCAGGUCCCACGGAUUGCUCCAAAGCCUAUUCCACCACAACAAACCUGGAAGCCUGGGCGACGACCGCACCAACGUUGUCACCGGUGGUGGUGCAACCGGGCAAGACAGGAGUGAAGCCCAAAGUAGCACAUGACGACACCAAGCCGGUGGAGCUUCCAGACACGGCGCACAUGGCUGAGAUUGCGAUCGUGCUUCACAACUUGGACGUCUCGUCCCUGUCAGAACCGGAAGUCCACCUCCUGCAAGCACGGUAUGCGCAGGCACUCUCACAGACCUUGGGUGUUCCAGUGGAUCAGGUACAAGAAGGACCAGGUGCCAACGAUCUGAAGGCCCAGGUGAAGCUCACACCAACGGCUGGCGGGUCCAUGCUCACAGCCUUCACCCUGAACGACCCUGUCGGAAGCCCGGACCCUGCAAAGCUUUUGGCCAAGCUGAAGGUCCCUGCGCUGCCGUCCAAUCUGAAAGCAGCGACCAGUGGCGCCGCGCUGCCGCCGUCGUCCAUGUCAGGUCCUCUGCUCGUUAGCGAGCCGCUGGUGGGAACCAAGGAGCACCCACUGAAGGGCCCGCGGCCUCAGCCCAGCUUCUUCUCGCAGUGGUGGCCUUUGAUUACCGUGCUGGCGAUCAUCGCUUGCAUCGGCGGAGGAAUCUUCAUCCACAGAAUGUAUGAAGAGCAAUUGGAAGAGAAGCGUCUUGUCGCUUCUGGCAGAGGGAUCUCCGUGCAAGACUCGGACAUGUCCGUCUCGCUGAAGGAUGUUGAGGACUUCGACUCGGGCUACGAUCCAUCCCCUGGUUCGGGCAACGGCUACCAGCCGACGCCCUACCCGGCUCCCUACCAGAGUUCUGCCUCCUAUGGAGGUCCGUCUUCGCAGCAGCAUGUCCGCAAGUUUUGGGCUGUGUGUCCUGUGCGAACCUGUGCGCUUGCCCUUGCCCCGGGCAUGAUGCUGCAGCCUAGGUCAGUCCCCAUGUACCCCGUGGCAGAGACAUCCGAGGCCUUUCAGGGCAAGGGCAUCAACUGGCUCAUAGACGCCUCCUCAGAGCUGUACAACCGAAAGAGUACUUGGAACUUGGGGAAGGUAAGAACUUCGGCACUUGCAAACGACGAUCGGCGCGGAGAUGCUUGGACCACCGGUAGGAGGCGGCGGGAGAUGGUCAUUCAGCGGACGCCAGGCCCAGACGUUCGGCCACAAUUCCAAGAUACGGAGCCUUUGCAAUCCUCUUUGAGGUGUGCAUUGAUGAUCAUCGGGACGCUUUUCACAACUGACGAUCGCUCUCUUCAAGGGCCUUCACCCACCUAUCCCCUGCUCCAAUCCUUGAAUCCGACAAGCUCUCCAGCCGGCCCAGAGGAAGGGCUGGAGGAUGCGACGGAGACACCGCUCUCCCCGAGGCCGGCGGCAUCCUCCAGGACAGAUCCACAUUUGUUCUUCAGCCCCAUGCCCAUGCAGCGGCACACAGAGGCGCCUGCCGUUUCACCAUGCAGUCCAAGCAGAGCAUGCCGCGACAUAAAGGGCGAUGCGGCGGAAGAACUUUGUCAUCUUUCAGAAGCCGUGAAUGCCCGGGUCUGCACAUGGAGCGAUGUGGGCGAUCCGAAGCAUUUGCGAUCGCGGCAAGAUUUCUCCACACACCUCUCCUUUUCAGACGCCAUGGCGCUGGCACAAGCCAUCCAGUCUGUUGCGGACCACGUUGCGGACCGGCGAGGGGCCGUGACCAUCGCACUGGCUGGUGCUGGCGCGUCCCUUCUGGCAGUCAGACUUUUGCUCCGUUCCCGAGUCGACCGCUUUCCUGAAGUUCCCGGGUACUGGCUGCUUGGAGUGCUGCCGGAGCUCGGACCAGGGGCGAAGUUCCUGACGGAGAAGUUAGAGGAGUGGGCUGAAAAGUAUGGGCAGGAGGGCGUUUACGAGAUGGAUUUGGCUGGGUCGCGCACAGUCGUGUGCUGCAAUUGGCAGCAAGCUCAUCCCAUUCUCUCUCUUCGCCCGUUCAAGAUGCCAAAGAAUUGGCGCAUUCAGAAUGUCGCGGACAUCAUUGGCGGCAGCUUCUUCUCAGAGGGAGAUCGCUGGAAGCGAGAGAGGCGUGUUCUUUCACCUGCAUUCAGCAGGAAGAAUGUGGAGAGCUACAUUCCGGCAGUGGAGUGCAUUACCCAGCAACUUCUCAGGGAAAUGGGCCGCGAUCUCUCCGAAAGAGGAGAGACCAACUUCUCGGAGCUUUUGCCGCUGUACACCGCAGAUGUGAUUUGCAAGACUGCGCUCGGGCAGGAGAUGCGGAUGCUGGAGAAGAGGAGCUCGGACAUCGUAUCGGAUGUCAAAGCACUCUUCCAGGCCUUCCAGACACGGUUUUUUGCUCCGUUGCCCUACUGGAAAGUUCCGGGAUUGGCCAGCUUCUUUGACAACGGUGCACAGGUUUCCAAGCGCUUCUACAAUCGUUCCGAGCAGAUCCUACAGACAGCCCAAGGCGGUGGCCGGUGCAUUGUCGACAAGCUGAAGGACAUGGACGGUGACAAGUUCAGUCACAGCGAGCUGAUGGACAAUUUGACGGUUCUGUUCCUCGCGGGGACAGACACAACCAGCUUGGCUUUGUGCUGGUCAUUCUACUACUUGUCCAAGGAUCUGCAGCUUCAGACGGCUGUUGCCCAGGAGGUUAGAACGCUGCCAGACGGCGAGAUCUCCUUGACUGAGCUUGAGACGCUUCCCACGGUGCAGGCAGUGUGGCUCGAGACACUCCGGUGCCACGGCCCAGCAAAUGCCUUGGAGCUGCAAUCCACAGAAGAAAUCACGCUCGCCGGCCGGAAGCUGCCAGCAGGCACAGAGUUCCUCAUUGCAAUCCGAAAUAUUCUGAAGAAUGAUCCUGAAGUUAAGAAGAAGUUGGGGGACGAUCUUCAGGUUUUCCGCCCUUCGCGAUGGCUUGGGCCUGAUGGCAUUGUCAAGCAUGCACCCUUCGAUAGCCUAGCCUUCGGCUACGGCCCGAGAAUUUGUCUUGGAAUGCGGCUGGCAGAGUACGAGGGCCUUCUCGUCAUCGCCAAAGUGGUGCAAAAGUUCGUCCUCGAGCAAUGGGACAAGCCGCCAUUGAUGGAGACAGCAAACUUUGUCAGCAACGAGCCUGCUAGCCCGGUGUCCAUCAAGCUCU